AUGUGGUUUUCCAAGAAAAAGGUUUUCGUGCCAAGAGCGCAGAGCAUUUGGUGCUUGAGGUCUUGUCAUCCCCUGAGGCUCGGGCGCAAGUGGCUCACCUCUAUCAAGGGCCCGUGCACCACCUGCAAGGCCACUGCGUUAAAAAUUCCAGAGGGAAUCACAGUGGAGGAGUGGGAAGAAGUGUACUCGAAGGUUCGCUUCAAUUCUUUCCAUCUCAACGGCUGCUGUUUUCUUCCGGUGAUGGCCUUGUUCAAUCACAGCUGUGCGCCCAAUGCGGCCAUCACACAGCUGCCCCCUCAUUCGGAGUGUCACACCGCCAUGGUGGUGGUGGCAGAGCUUGGGAUAUCCAAGGGAACAGAGAUUGUGUACAGCUACAAUUCGGAUUGCCUGACUGUGCCCCUGCAAGUCCGGCGGCAGCGGCUGCUGUCCAACUGGGGCUUCCUGUGCAAAUGCAGCAGGACAGCCGGCCGGAAGCAGAUUCGGAAGUGCAGCAGAACUUAUUUUUCUGCGAUACGGAUGAGCUCGAAGAUCUUUUGUCACAAGAAAAUGGUAAAUUGCACGAUUUGCAGCUCUACCAUUCGCGGCAGGAGGCCUUGCACCUUCCGGGCCUCUCCUUCCCGGAUCGCAAGCGUCUCUUCAGCGCGCAGCUGGCGGCGGCCGUGCGCCUCUUUCCAUACCUCCACCCUACUUUGGGAGCCAUUUACGAGGAGCUCCACGACCUUUGCCAAGCGUCGGAUCAUCGAGCGCACUGUGAAAAGGUCUUCCAGUUCUACCGCCAACUGGGGGAGAAGGGGCGUCUUCCACCGUCUUGGUGGAAGAUUGGAGGCCUAUGGAGGAGCGCCACCUGGCCAGCGCUCGAAGGUGAAAAUGAGAUCUGCAAAAGAGAGAACUGUUGGCCCUGUUAUCUCUGACACCGACAGCAAGUUGGUGAAGCAACAAGAGAAGCGGAAGAAUCUUCGGCAAGGGCAGCGGCACGUCAGGGAUACCUACGGCAAUGGCAAUCAGUUGUCGGUUGUCCCCGCGGCCCCUGUCAGAGCUUCUCUCCACAAGAGGGAGCCAGCAGAUGAAGAGCAGGCCUCUGACAAUGCCUGGAAGAGACGUCCCAGCCAAGCCGUGCGAAAGAGUCGCUCGGUGGAUCCCCGCGCUGAGAACCGCUUCUCAGCAGCCAAGUUGGCGACCAAGGAGCGCCGAGAGAGUCUCCAGCAAAGGAUGCGCGAAAUGAAGCAGCCAGACCCAGAGUGUGGCACACAAUAA